CCAGCCCAGGACAUCCCAGCCGUGCCCCUUCCGCAUGCGGCAGCCCCGAGAGAGCUGAGCUACUCCACACCGCCAGCAUGUCUGCCCGCUGCUGUGUCGGCCAGUUGGCCUGCUGCUGUGGUACUGCCGCUUGUUCCUUGUGCUGCAAAUGCUGCCCAAAGAUAAAACAGUCAACCAGUACCCGCUUCAUGUAUGCACUUUACUUCAUCCUGGUGACUAUCAUCUGCUGUGUCAUGAUGUCAACAACUGUAGCUAAUGAAAUGAAAACGCACAUUCCUUUCUACAAGGAGAUGUGCAAGGGUAUUCAGGCGGGUGAGAUGUGCGAGAAGUUGGUGGGAUACUCUGCAGUGUACAAAGUCUGUUUUGGAAUGGCCUGUUUCUUCUUUUUAUUCUUCUUAUUCACCAUCAAAAUUAACAGCAGCAAAAGCUGCCGAGCCUACAUUCAUAAUGGAUUUUGGCUUAUUAAACUUAUAGUUCUGGCAGCAAUGUGCUCAGGAGCCUUCUUCAUUCCUGAUCAGGACACUUUCCUCAAUGCCUGGCGCUACGUAGGAGCAACAGGAGGGUGCCUUUUCAUUGUCAUUCAGCUCAUCCUGCUGGUUGAGUUCGCACACAAAUGGAAUAAAAAUUGGACUGCAGGUGCAAACCACAAACAAGUGUGGAAUGGUUUGCUUGCCUUGGUCACUCUCAUCUUAUACUCCGUUGCUGUGGCAGCCCUGGUCCUCAUGGCUCUCUUCUACACUCGCUCAGACGGCUGCAUGUACAACAAGGUCCUGAUUGGAGUUAAUGGGGGCCUGUGCCUCUUUGUGUCGCUGGUGGCCAUAUCGCCCUGUGUCCAGAAUCGUCAGCCCCAUUCUGGUUUGCUGCAGUCAGGAGUUAUCAGCUGUUAUGUCAUGUACCUCACUUUCUCAGCACUAUCCAGCAAGCCACCAGAAACUAUCCUGGAUGAAAACAAUCGGAAUAUCACAAUCUGUGUACCUGAAUUCAGUCAAGGUCUACAUAGAGAUGAAAACCUGGUUACUGGCUUGGGUACCACGAUUUUGUUUGGCUGCAUUUUAUAUUCUUGUUUGACCUCAACAACACGAUCAAGCUCAGAGGCACUGAGAGGAAUAUAUGCAACAGCUGAAACUGAAGUAGCUCGUUGCUGCUUUUGCUGUGUACCUGAUGGAGACGCUGAUGCUGAAGAUCACAUUGAAAAAAGGGGAGGCCAGACUGUGGUUUAUGAUGAGAAGAAAGGCACUGUGUACAGUUAUGCCUACUUCCACUUUGUUUUCUUCCUGGCUUCGCUCUAUGUGAUGAUGACAGUAACUCAUUGGUUCCAUUAUGAAAGUGCUCAGAUUGAAAAAUUCUUCAGUGGAACCUGGUCCAUCUUCUGGAUUAAGAUGGUCUCCUGUUGGGUUUGUGUCUGUCUGUACUUAUGGACUCUUAUUGCUCCACUCUGUUGCCCAACCAGAGAGUUCUCAGUGUGAACAGUCCAAAAGUUAUUCUAAGUUUUCCUCUGUUUGUUUUUGUUUGUUUGUUUGUUUUGUUUGCGUGUUUAUUUGGGGUUUUAGUGUGGGGUUUUUUUGUGUCUGUGUGUUUUUUGAAUGAGGAAACACCUAUCCCACUUACCAUAAUGUACCAGCUAGUAUCUUUUCAGUCAGACUAAACAAAUGAUUGAAGACGUUUUUUACCUUUUUUAUUAUCAUGAAUAAGCAUUGCCUAAGGGAACAAAUCUGUUCCAGAACUUUAUAAUGUUCAUGUGGUAUGCAGGAAACACAGUUCUUGUACGAACUGGAAUAAGUGAAAUGCUUUUCAAAUAACUGACAAUUUUUCUCUGGCUUCGUAGACAAGAAAAGAAAAAAUCAUGGUGCAGAUGUAUCUUCUUUCUUCCUGUAAAUGUUGGGUAUCUUCUAGCAAAUAUGCGUUCCUUUUUAUACUUUUUCAUUAACUAAGUCUCUUACAGUUUGCAGUGAUGAUUUGGAAUGCUGUUUUGUAAAGCAUAUAAUUCCUGUAAGUAGUAUGCAGAUUUUUUUUUUCCAAAAACAUUAUCUAAAUACUUCAUUAGAAGUAAGAGAAUAUAUAAGAAUUUGAUUGCCAAAGCAUCUACUAAAAAUUAUCUACAUAUUAAAUAUUUUAAGUUAUUGUACACCUAGAUUGAGAAAGGAAUCUACCAAUGAUAGUAUUUAUUCUAUUAUAACUUUAAAAGGCACCUGGAUAUUAUAUGCAAUUUAGAUCUAGUCCAGUUAUUAACUGAAGGGGAGUCCUACACACAGAUUCUCAUUUUGCCCAAAUUUGCUUUGCCAGAUCAUUUAAAAGUUGAGUGUACUGCAUGGGGAUUUAAGAUAUGGUACAUUCUUCAUUCACAAUGUUUGCUGUUGAGAAAAUGCUAAUUACAGGAGCACUUGUCAGUUGCUGUUGAAUUUAAAAGUGGGGUGCUCACUUACUUUUCUACCCUGCUGUUUCAGCUUGUGUCUAAAGAUCUCCCAGGAUCUUCAGUUCUGUUUCCAUGACUAAUUUUAUAAUACUUUAAAUGCAUUUAUGGUUGGAAAAGGACGAUAGUGUAUCAUCUUCCUUUUCUGCCUGUGUGUUGGUUGGAAAGUAAUUUUUCUAACUGCUAUAGUUUUAUACUUCUCUGUUGAUAUUAGUUUCACUGUUGGGAUGGGAGUUAGCCAACCAAUAUUUUAGCGGAGACAAAACUUCUUUUGGAGAACUCCUAUUCCAAGCAGUGGAAUAUGAGUAAGCAAUCAUAAAAACAAAAUCACAAAUAUAACAAGGAACUGCCUUGUACAAAUGGCUUGACAAUAUUAAACCCUACCUUGUCACCUUUUUUUGCUCUGAGCAGAUGAUUUGGUGGUAGAACAACAGCUCAAAUGCCCUAAACGCUGGGUAAGUUUGAACUCACAUAGUUAUCUACAUUCAGGUUGGAUGAAUUUAUGACUUUUACUAGUCCCAGAGAUUCUGUCUUCUCUCUCUCUAUAUAUAUACACACACAUACAAUGUGAAGUAUGCCGCAUAUAAACAAAAUCAACCAACUUACCAGCUUUUCUUUUUUUUUUCAAAUAUGAUUGAGCCUUAAAUCUUCACCCAAUGCUUUCUGCAAAACAAAGAAAAGGGGCCUAUGAGGUGGCAAAAAGAUUUGCAUGCCUUAGUUGUUCUGUUGCGAUACCUGAUGGCUAAUAUACAGCUGAUGAGUAAUCUCAAUAUAAUGGAUUUCAGUUCUGCUCUUGUUUUCAUUACCAUUUUUUGGCUGCCUUUUUGCUAUGGUAUCUCAGGUCUUCUCUUCUGCUUGGAGCUUUCCAGGGGUGCGAUCUUCCCCACCCUGUGCACUGUUAUCUGAAACAAAAUUUACAGGUCUGCAGUCCUUUAUACUUGUACCGCCUACCCCUGUGAUUAGAGUCUCAAAAUACAUCUGUCAAGAGAUUUAAGAGAAGGAUUUUGUCCAGCAGUGACUGUCUCAGUGCUCUUCUCAUUCUUUGCACCAAUAGUUAAAAAAAACCAGUUGAAUCUUGGCUUUGACAUUAGUCAGAAAAGCAACAAAUAACUCUGAAGAGGGAGGCAGGUUUUUCUCUUUCCCUUUGCUUUUACUGAGAGAUUCUGAUCCAGCCAAGAGCUCUGCUAGAUUGGAGACCUGUCAGUAUAUAUCUACCUGCAUUUGGAGUCUUGCUAUGGAGAUCCUUCUGCAGCAGAAAAAGGCCUUUGUUAAAGCAUUUUCAGUCUAGAAGCUUUUAUCUGUUCCAUAUCUAAGAUAGGAGCUUAUGGGCUGUGCAGUGACGACUAACAGUUGUCCCACCUACCUCAUAGCAGCUAUUCUGAUAAACAGUCUUGAUCCAGUGCUGGAGUUCUGUGCUACAAUUCAGAUAGUCCAGGCUCCUCUUCUCUUUCUCCUGCCUUGGCUGGUCCCUAGAGGCUCCCAGGAUUUGCUUCAUAGUGCAAUAUCUGUUGUACUAUGAGAAACUGACUUUUUUUUUUUUUUCCCUAAAGUAGACAUGUUUUUUGUAACAGAACAAUCAGGGCAAGGAGCUUUACAGAAGAAGGCAUGCACUAUAAGGCAGGGAAUGGUAAGUGUUCUCCCAUUCUGAUAGCCUGCAUCCCAGACACAAAUAUGGAGGGUCUUAAUACAUAUCUGGGCCAAUGAGUAUUCCUAAUUUCUUAAUUGUUUAUGAAAAUGCUUAUUUUACACAGUACCUACAUAAGGACUUUCUGCACCUUCUUGUGCUCUUUUUUCUAUAGUUUGUCUUUAAGGAGAUAGGUUUUGCACAGAGGAAACAAGGCCAUUAAAAGAAAGUCUGCAGUGAGGCAUGAGUCCCUUCUUACAUAGCACUCACCUCGCUGAGCUUCUCCUUCCUCCUUAAUGUCUACCAACUAUUGACCUUAAGCAUCUAAAUCUGCAGGUAUACAUAGGGUGGGAAUGGGGCAAUGUCUGAUUACAGUUUUGUCUGCUACUGAGCAAAUGUUGAGAGAAAAAAACCUCAAAAAUAAUUUUGAGGGCCUGUGUGUCCAUGUUGUCCCCAGAUCCAGCAGUGGACUCCCAGGCCUUUCUAAGUAAUUGGUAACUAGUGCACCUGGGUGUGCAAAGCCUCUAGUUCCUCAUCAAGGCAAGACUUCCUGCUGGCCAGGCAAAUGUUACAGCCUUAGUGUUUGCUGUAAAAUCUGUACUGUGAAGUUCCAUGUGCAACUACUUAAUAAAAUCCUCAGCUCGGGUCAAGGAUUCAAAUGCCCAGUCCCUAUAUUCCAAACAGUUCAUGCAAAUGAAAUUUUUAAAAAAACCUCUUCAAGAAGUGCCUUUAUACCUACUGCUGUGAUAGCUAAUAAUUCAUGUGGCACUGAAAUGGGAAAAGCUGGACUGAGCCUGUGACUGGGUGAGCUGCCUUGUACAUUACACCAAUGUGUACAAGGUACAAUCAGACCCAUGGUGCAUGUGGAAGACCAAAUAAUCUGUGCUUGACAAACCUUUGGGGAUAAGACUGCUUCGGAUAUUACUGUGCAGUGGAAAAGUAACUGGGAAAACUCACAAGUAGCCUGAUGUUUUUGUAAAUAAACAAGUAGUUUUUUAUUACAUUUACAUUUAAACUGUAAACUGUUAAUUUUCUCUCCCCAUACCUGAAAGUGCAGGUGACUUCUCUGCUUGAGGCGGUUAGCUGCAGUGUCUAUCCUGCCUUGUGCCACAUUUAUUCAGUGAAUUUGUUCCCAGAUGUAAUUGGUGCAGCAUUUCUGGCUCCUAGUAGUUUUGGGCUCUGUGAAGAGAGGAAGUUACAAAGACAGGAAGACUAGGGGACAUGUCCUGUACGAAGUUUCCUCUAGUUAAAUUUGAAAUAAUGCUAUCGUUUAAGAGACUCUUGGAGGAACAGACUGUGUUGGCAGUUGUUCUGCUAGGAAGGUGAAACAAUUUUACUGGCAUUCUUCUACUUUUUCAAAUUUGCCAUCAUAAAGAUUUUUUGGGACCUCACUGCCGCAGUAUCAUCUGAGACUGGAACAAUUUUAGUUUUUCUCAUGAAGGCAACGAAGAGCCACAGCUGUGACUAGUUAAUUUUUGGUGUAAAAUCAGUGGGGCAGACUUAGAGAGCAAGUCUCUAAAUCCAAGUUUCUAGACUACUAAAAUGAGACAAUAAAACCUCAUCAGGAAGGUACGGAAAACAGCUUGCUUGCUGUUUGCCACCUAGUUCCUCAAAUGUGCAGGCAGCCUUUGUGGCUGCAUGCCAGGUAAGGAACUCUACUGCAAUUACACAUCGAAGGUAUUAUAUAUUUGUUAUACUCUUAGCUUUCUGCUUCAGGCCCUUCCAUGAGGUUCAAACAGCUUGUACGUGCCCAACUAAUGUGGUAGAUCCUGCCUCGGCUAUGCCACUUUCCUCUGAAAUGUGUAAUGCAGUUUUGCUAAUGUAUGCACAGUCCAGAGAGAGGGUUUGCCCCCUUGCAGAAUCAUGAACACUGCAUGUCUAUUUAUUUAUUUAUUUUGUGGAUUAGCACCUUUUUACAAAUCUAUAAGCGCUUUGGUAUUAUAAGAUGUGCAUGUGUAACUGCUUCAUCAGCCGCUGCUGCAACCAUUUCUGGGCUAGAACUUUGCUAUUAAAGAAGUAACUGUUGCACUUACAAAAAAGCUGGUUCUCUGUUUUUGACUGAUGCGUCAGGAAGAUUUGGAUACUCAAGACAGUGCUGCUUGUACUUUGGCUAGCAGCCCACCGUAUCGUGGACAUCUCUGAACAGAUCAGCAACAAAAUAAUUAACUGCUUUUAAAACAUGCAAUAAAUAUUUUAUAAACUAUAAACUGUUAGGCUUUUCUCCUAAGUAAGUUGAUGAAGCAAAAUACUGCAAGACUGUACUUAUGUGUUUAGAUAAAUUGAGAUUAUCUGCAGCUAAAAUUUUGCUUUUAUUUUUCCUUCUGGGCUUUAGAAGCAAUGUCUUUUGCUUGCAGGCUGUAUCUUCUCACUUUAUUUGCCUUUUCUCCUUGGACUUGUUUUUUAAAGGCAUUGCAAACCUGUUUCCCUUCCAGACAACAUGCUGCCUGUCAAAUGGGAUGUCUUUGGUGCUAGAAACCAGCAAAGACCUCUUUGCCAGGUCUUACUGAUCCUUUCCUUUUCAUAGUGGGACAACCUGCAGCAUUGAAGGAAAGUCAAUGAUAAUAGUUUAUUAUAUGGAUCAGUUUUCCUCUGUGAAAACGGCUUCUUUGUUUUCUGAAGUGGCCUACAAGUUCUUGUCAGAGGGAAACACAUAAUCAGCACCAUUUUACUUAUGUCUUCAGUUUUGUAAACAGUAGUUAGAAUUCAGUGUUUCACAUGACUAUACAAGGGAAUGCCAGGGGUCAAGUGCUUAGAAAGCUUUGGCUUUUUGUACUCGUAACAAGAUACGUAGCUUGGGAACUGGUAUGUCUUUGCAUUUUCAACAUCCUGAUGGCAGAAUGCCCAAGUGCUCCACAAUGGCGAUGCAGACACACUGUGCAGGGUUUGAAGUAGAGAGGCUGGCAUGAUGACUGCUUUCUAGUGCCCAAAGAAACUCUGUAGGUUUAAAUCUUAGAUCUCGUUUUGGUUUGGGUUUCUUAUUAAACCUGGAUUUCAUUAAUUCCACACCUGUUCAGUAAUGUUGUUUUUAAAAAGCUGGAGUUUAUUUCAGAUACAAGCCACAAUGACUUCCCUCCCUGUUUGCCAGUCUCCAGUAUUUGCCAGUGUGUAGCAUGCAGCCGUUUGCAGAGACUUGUUUGGAGCCACAGUCAUCAGCUUUGAAACCACUCCAGCAGCUUAAAGCUUCCAGGGCUUUUGCUCACCAGAGCUGCAGGGUGCAGCACUGCAGCUGUGCUUUUGCCAAAGAAGCCUCAGUGCGAAGCCAAGAAGAAAGUGCGAAGCCAAGAAUUUUGGAAAGCUUUGGGGAAAUACUGGAUUGUUGAUCAUACUGUAGCUUUGGUUUUCCUCUACCAAUUCAAGUUGGGGUGCUUAGAUGUCGUUCGACAUCCAUGCACACUGACAGCUAGAAGAAUUAGCUUCCAGAGAAAAUCAUUCCACUUGUACACAUACAAGCUGAGAAAAGAUUUAGCAGGAAUUUAUUGGUUCACUGUCUGCUUUUUGUUCACCACCAGUGCACAGUGUUCAGUCUCAUAUAUGCCAUGUUCAAAAACUGGAUGCAAAAUAGUCAAAAUACGACUCCAUGUUCUUAAUGGUGAGGGGAUUUUAAUUAGUCUUUUUCAAGGUUCUUAGUAUCUCAAAGGAAUCUUUUGGCAUGUUUGUGUGAUUUCAUUAAGCUGUAGUUCAGCAAAGUGGAGGUUUGCUAGUUUAAUUAUUUUUUGGUAGUGUUGUGAUCUGUAGCAACUGUAACAGUUUGACUUUUAAGGAUUGGUAAAGAUUUCAGAAUUGUAAUAUCUUCAUUGUAAAAUAGUUAACAUCUUUGCCUUCAUAAAGCAUGUUAAUGGUUUUUAUGGACACUUCCUUUUGUAUACUGAGUGAAUGUAUUGUUAUAGAUUAAUGGACCAAUAAAAUUUUUCUUAUAUUUGAAA